AUGUCCUCUCGCCGAACCGUUUCGCCCAAGUAUGACGCCCGGCGGCCCGGGCGUGUCUACGCUUCCCCUUCACCAGAGCGAUAUCAUGGUCGGCACUUUGAGAAAUCUCCGGCUCAGGAACAGUAUUGGAAUUCCCGGGGCUCAACGGAAGUUUGGGAUCCGUUAAACCCAGUGAACACUAAAGGCCUGGCUCCUCGACCGGCCACCAACGGCCUAGCCCAUUCCUAUCAUGACCCUAUAUUGGAAACACAAUACAGCGAUCCUUACAAGAAACGUCCGAAUCCCUACACUGCCCGCACAAAGGCCGACUACGCGGCCUAUAAAGGCCCGUCAGAGGGGCAUGGUGCUAUAGCAGACAAGGUAGCGAGCUACAAGGACAUGAGAAUAGGUCGAAAGGUUUCCCCCCACGAACACCAUCGUGCCAGCCUUUAUGAGGGGCAGGAUCUUGCUGUGCAGGGCCGUAAUAUGGCCAACAUAGCUGCGCAAUCUCGCACGGGCUUUGACCACAAGUACCCACAGGCGUACGAGGAUCAUGCAGCAAUUGGGAGACAUGUUGAGGAAGCAAACAAACAAAGGCGGUCAGCUCGAAAUUUCAGAGAGGAUGAUGCUUUUCUAGACGAGAAGAUUGGCAAGUGGAAAGAACGAAUGGAUAUUCAUGGCAAACCUUACGGGCCGAAUAGGACCAGGUAG